AUGAUGGACAUGCAAGUGAGAAAAGUGAGGAAGCCGCCUGCUUGCACCCAAUGCAGGAAGAGAAAGAUCGGGUGCGACAGGGCAAAACCGAUAUGUGGGAAUUGCGUCAAGUAUAACAAGCCGGACUGUUUUUAUCCAGAUGGACCUGGUAAGAUGGUCGCUGUGCCCUCUGCGUCCGGGAUGUCCACGCACGGCAAUGGCCAAGGUUCCAACCAUUUUAGUCAGGGAAACGGUGUAAAUCAGAAAAACGUAAUGAUUCAAACGCAGUAUCCGAUUAUGCAAACGUCGAUAGAGGCAUUCAACUUCUCGUUCAACCCCUCUGUGGAUACUGCGAUGCAGUGGACCAAGGCCGCUAGCUACCAGAAUAAUAACACCAAUAAUAAUACUGCUCCUCGUCAGAAUAGUAGUACCGUUAGUAGUAAUGUUCAUGGAAACACUAUUGUGAGAAGCGAUAGUCCAGAUGUGCCCUCCAUGGAUCAGAUUAGAGAAUAUAACACACGAUUACAACUGGUUAACGCUCAAAGUUUUGACUAUACAGAUAACCCAUACUCUUUUAAUGUUGGUAUCAAUCAAGACUCGGCCGUUUUCGAUCUAAUGACUUCUCCGUUUACUCAAGAGGAAGUAUUAAUCAAGGAGAUAGACUUUUUAAAAAACAAAUUGCUUGAUUUACAAAGCUUGCAACUGAAAAGUUUGAAAGAAAAAUCGAAUUUAAAUGCCGACAAUACCACGGCAAACAAAAUUAACAAAACAGGUGAGAAUUCUAAGAAAGGCAAGGUUGACGGUAAAAGAGCCGGAUUUGAUCAUCAGACUUCAAGGACUUCUCAGUCCUCACAAAAAUACUUUACAGCGCUCACAAUAACAGAUGUGCAAAGUUUAGUCCAAGUGAAACCGUUGAAGGAUACCCCCAACUACCUUUUCACUAAAAACUUCAUCAUUUUUAGAGAUCAUUAUCUUUUCAAGUUCUAUAAUAUUUUGCACGAUAUCUGCCAUAUUAAUCAGUUCAAAGUAAGUCCUCCUAACAAUAAAAAUCACCAACAAUAUAUGGAAGUUUGCAAAGUUAACUUCCCACCAAAAGCAAUAAUUAUUGAGACACUAAACUCUGAAUCCCUUAACAAUCUGAAUAUUGAAGAAUUUUUGCCAAUCUUUGACAAAACCCUCUUACUAGAAUUUGUUCAUAACUCUUUUCCAAAUGGUGAUACCUGUCCUUCAUUCUCAACGGUCGAUCUUCCUUUAUCUCAACUGACCAAACUAGGCGAAUUAACUGUGCUUCUACUGUUGUUAAACGAUUCAAUGACCCUAUUCAAUAAGCAGGCUAUUAAUAACCAUGUUUCGGCAUUAAUGAAUAAUUUGAGGUUGAUUCGAAGCCAAAUCACAUUGAUAAACCUGGAAUAUUAUGACCAAGAGACAAUCAAAUUUAUUGCCAUCACAAAAUUUUAUGAAUCUCUGUACAUGCAUGAUGAUCAUAAAUCAAGUUUAGACGAAGAUUUGAGCUGUCUGUUAAGCUUCCAGAUAAAAGAUUUCAAGUUAUUCCAUUUUUUGAAAAAAAUGUAUUACUCAAGACAUUCGCUUCUAGGUCAGUCUUCAUUCAUGGUACCCGCUGCUGAAAACCUAUCUCCGAUACCUGCCUCUAUUGAUACGAACGACAUUCCUUUAAUUGCUAACGAUUUAAAAUUACUGGAAACGCAAGCAAAAUUGAUAAAUAUUCUGCAAGGUGUUCCUUUCUACUUGCCAGUAAAUUUAACCAAAAUUGAAAGUCUGUUAGAAACCUUGACUAUGGGCGUGAGUAAUACAGUAGACUUAUAUUUUCAUGACAACGAAGUCAGAAAAGAAUGGAAAGACACUUUAAAUUUUAUCAAUACCAUUGUUUAUACAAAUUUUUUCCUUUUUGUUCAAAACGAAUCCUCUUUGUCCAUGGCAGUUCAACAUUCUUCUAACAACAAUAAGACCUCGAACUCUGAAAGAUGUGCAAAGGAUCUGAUGAAAAUUAUUUCUAAUAUGCACAUUUUUUACUCAAUAACAUUUAAUUUUAUCUUCCCCAUAAAGUCGAUAAAGUCAUUUUCAAGCGGCAAUAAUCGCUUUCAUUCUAAUGGUAAAGAAUUUUUAUUCGCAAAUCAUUUUAUUGAAAUCUUACAGAAUUUUAUAGCAAUCACAUUUGCUAUUUUCCAACGUUGUGAAGUAAUAUUAUAUGACGAAUUUUACAAAAAUCUUUCAAAUGAGGAGAUUAAUGUUCAAUUGCUAUUGAUUCAUGACAAGAUUUUGGAAAUUUUAAAAAAAAUAGAAAUUAUCGUAUCCUUUUUACGAGAUGAAAUGAAUAGCAACGGAAGUUUCAAAUCUAUUAAAGGUUUCAACAAGGUUUUGAAUCUGAUUAAAUAUAUGCUGAGAUUUAGCAAGAAAAAACAAAAUUUUGCGAGAAACUCUGAUAACAAUAAUGUUACAGAUUAUAGUCAGUCGGCGAAGAACAAAAAUGUUCUCUUGAAAUUCCCCGUUAGUGAACUGAACAGAAUCUAUUUAAAAUUUAAGGAGAUUUCAGAUUUUUUAAUGGAAAGAGAAGUUGUCCAAAGGAGUAUAAUUAUUGACAAGGAUUUGGAAUCUGAUAAUCUGGGUAUUACUACGGCAAACUUCAACGAUUUCUAUGAUGCAUUUUAUAAUUAG